UGUAUGAAUAGCUUUUUCACAGCACAGCAUAGAAAACGUCAUAGUUCCCAAUAUGGCGGAAAACUUGCUUGUAAACAUGAUUGCCAACAAAAAGAUAUUGCUUGCUAUUAUACUUUUGUGUAAUUUCGCACAAGGUUGGAUACAUAAUCUAAAACUUCAGACUGAUAAUCGCCGUGAUAUUUUGUUAACUCACGCUUUUGGAUUUCUUAAAGCUGGUACAUUAACUGUAAAUGUUACACUGUUCUCCUACAAAGGAAAAGAUCCUGACAAAGUUAAUAGUUACACCUUUGGAUUUACUUUGGAUAAAAGCAAAAGCCCUGGCCUAGGAAGCUAUGUGGAAAACUUACAGAAAUGUGCUUUGAAUGAUUCUGACAAGUUCAGCAAUAUUGUGUUUUUUCGGUUUGACUUGAGUAACAACACAAUUAUUGUUGAGCGGCGUGGCCAGGAUUUUAAGGAGCUGAACAUAGUGGAUGAAAAAGCACUGUUGCAAGAAAACCUAAAUAAACAACCAGCAGAAGCUGAGAGUAAAACUAUUGCACCAGUAAAUGCUGAGGCAACUACUAAAGCUCCUAAUACUCAAAAAGCCAUUGAAACCACCACUGAAGUGAAGAAUAGCCGGCGUAGAAGAGAAGUAGAGACAAAUAAGAAAGAAAAUGAUGACGAGAGUAAAGCAGAAGUGAUUCGUCUCCCAUUGAAGUCUGUUGUUGGAGAGUUUAACUAUUAUCAGACAUUUUUCCAAGUAAACAUAGACAAGGAAGCAGAAGAAGGCUUGUAUAACUUUUAUUUUCACAAUUGUAUGAAGGAAUCUUCACUUGUCAACCUUACUAUACAAAUCAUACAGAAGAAUGAGUUUGGCUACUUAUCAGCAGAUGAAAUGCCUAUUCCCAUUUUGUAUUUUGUCUCCUGUGUGAUAUUCUUUGUACUUUCUAUUGUUUGGUUUGUGGUAUUGCGCAGAGCUGAUGGAGGUGUCUACAAGAUACAUUACCUGAUGUUGGUUGUAAUCUUCUUCAAAAGUAUUUCCAAUUUAUUUCAUGGGGUAAAUAUGCACAUGAUUGAAAAAACUGGCAUACACCUUGAUGCUUGGGCUAUCUUGUGGUAUAUUGUCUAUCUAAUGAGAGGAGCAGUAUUGUUUGUUACAGUACUUUUGAUUGGUGCUGGAUGGGCUUUCAUCAAGCAUGUGUUCACAGACAGAGAGAAGAAACUGUUUCUUGUAGUCAUUCCAUUACAGAUUUUAAUGAAUGUUGCCUGGGUCAUCGUAGAGGAGAGUGAAGAAGGCUACUCAUCAUAUGACACUUGGCAUAAAAUAUUUAUGGGAGUUGACUUGCUUUGUUGUUUUGCCAUUCUCUUUCCAGUGAUAUGGUCAAUUCGACAUCUUCAAGAGGCCUCUAAAACAGAUGGAAAAGCUGCCAUUAACUUAAAUAAAUUGAAACUAUUUAGACACUUUUAUAUAAUGGUUGUAGCUUACAUUUACUUUACUAGAAUUAUUGGAUAUUUACUUGUGAUAACUUUACCAUUUCGUUAUGGCUGGAUGAAAGACUUGUUUGAGGAAGCUUUUCUUUUGGUCUUCUUUACACUGACUGGCUACAAGUUCAGGCCUACUAGUGACAACCCUUACUUACAGGUACCACUCGACAGUGACGACGAGGAAGAAAUUGAGCUAGAUGAAGUUCUUACCAAAAGUGGUAGCACAGAGUCUGUUGUCAGAGUGAACCAAGGCAGAGUUGAAUCACAUAACAAUACCAUCAUCUCCAGGCAAAUAGAGAGCAGUCAUGAGUUUGAUUAAACUUGGAAAAAAAAAAGAAUCUGUUGUACAAAACUAGUACUCUGGGAAGAGAUCAAAGUAUUAUAGUCUGACCAUAAUAAAACAACCCAAUUAUUCUGUGAUUAUUUUUUUUUGAAGAACGCUUCUUUGAAUUUUCUUAUUUUGGGGUUCAAUAUAGAUCAUAUCUAAACUUAUAAAAUGCUGAAAAUAUUUAUCAGUGUGUGUUCAUCAAAUUUACCUUUCCUUUAUUUUUUUGUUUCCUUAUUUUUGGUGACAUGUAGAUUUUAUUCUUUCUUUUUUUUAAAUUUCAAAAUGUAACAAACACUUUCUUUGUAGUUCAGAGAUGGUAAGAUAUGUACAGAGAUAAGAUAUGUAUUGUUAAAAUAGCAUUUAAAAGCUGUUUAUUUAUCGUUGUAUCUAUUUAAUUUAUAGAAAGGCUUGAAAGUAAUUUAUUUUCUUUAUUAUCUCAAAUGUUAAGUUAUGUUUAGAUGUAUAAUUAAAACUCCAGUCAUUGUAAAUUAGUAACUAAACAUUAUAUCUGUGUAAUCUUCCAUGUGGCUGAUUAUAUAAUGUAAUCUAUAACCAUUCCAGUUAGAAUUAUUUUUAAAGUAUGUCUCUCCUUACUCUUAGACUGAAGGACAAGAGAAUAUCUUAGCAAUACAAGCACAUCUGGUUAGGUUAAACCAUUCAUUAUCCUCUCCUGUUAGAACAAUUUUUUUUCUUCUUAGCUAGCUUUCAUUCAUGUCUUCCAAACCAACCUACUCAGCAUAUUGGAUGUUUCACUAUAAAGUCAUGCUCUUACCCUAGACUAAACAAAUAUGUUCCUGUGAGGCAGGCAGUGGAUCAAUGACAUAGAAAAGAAUAUUAGGACUCAAAAUACUGCACAAUUGUAGCUAUGACUUUCUUUUAGAAUUAUGUUUAAAAUGUUUUGCUAACAAAGUAACAUUUUACCAAAGCCUUGUUAAACUUUAACAUUCAUUAAGUGGUACAUGAAAGAUGAGUUCAUCUCUUCAGAGGGUGCAUGGACCAAUAUUUCUCAAGUUAUGUUAGCUACAACACUUCAUGCUGAUGCUGAAGUACUGCCAAAACUAAAUUUUAAUCCCAAACAUGACGGAGCAAAGCCUCAAAUAUUUAGUUACCAUAUCCAUUAUUAAAGGUUGUCAAGAGUUGAUAACUAUCAACUUUCUAGUGUUAGAAAACUUUUUUCUUUAGCUGAUGAACUCAAUAUUUUACUUUUGAUUUGAAAACUGCUGCCUUAAUGUCAAUACUUGUAUAUAAAACAUGUACACUCAUGCACUAAGUUAUUGAAUUCUUAGAUCCAGACAUAUUUUUAAAGUAAAUUUUGUUUAGUGAGUUGUUGAUGUGAUCUUUAAAACGAGCACAUGGAAAACAUUUUAUCCACCUUGUUUUUUGUGCUGGUAAAAAACAAAAGUCCUUGUUUGGUCUGUGUGUUAUAGUUCAGUUUCUGAAUGAAAUAGAAUUGACAUAUCAAAACAUGAAUUCACUUUUGGUUGUGUUUUGUUAAAUUUCAUACAACCAAAGAAAUUAUACUUUGUACAAAAGAAAGCCUAGUUUUUUUUGUAGGACACACCUUGUCUAUAAUAAUUCAUUUCUGUAACUGUUGAAUAUUAAAUUUAAAAUUGUUUAAUUGUGUUGUGUGCAUAUAACAAAGAUGGCAAAAGUUGAAAUGAAUCAUCCUGGCUACAUCUCUUUCUUGAGAUCUUUAACAUUCAAAGCAUUAGAGUUUAAGUUUAAUUAUUCCAUGAGUCUAUAUUUUAGAUUGAGUCGGCUUCAUCAAUCAUUCUAUGUAGUCAACUACUAAUUUUUCAUUCAGACCAUUUUUCCUCAGUCCAGUAGUUAACUGCUCACAUUGAUAAUUAGUAGCAGUGCUCCAUCCAUCACUCUGACUCUGUGGGCUAUAUUUCUUAAGAAAAGUUUCAUACAGUAAACAAAAAAAAAGAUUUAUGCUUGAUUUCAAAACACUACUCUGAAAUGUAUUUAUAUGUUUUCAUUAUAUGUUUGUGUUAUGCAUUGUAUGCGUAAAAGUAACUAUAGUUACGUCUGCAUGAUGGUGAACAUCAAACACUCACCUGAUGAUGUAACCUUGAGCUGUUCACAUUUAUAGUUUUACUUAAAGAUGUCUGACGUUUGGUCUUAAUGCUCCUAAAAGUGAAAUUAAAAAGACCUCUGUGAUGUUUAGACUUACAUGCACCUUAAAGUUGAACUAAAAGAUGUGUGUUUAGAAUGAAAUGCACUUCAAAGUUAAACCUAAAGAUAUUUGAUGUUCUUAUGCAAUGUCAAUUAACAUGAUAUCCAAUUUCAAUUAUUUUUUUGUUAUAACUGUGUGGAUGUUGCUAAAAAAACAACUGUUUCUGAAAAACUUUGUACAUUUGUAUUUAUACAUUUUACCUUUUGUCAAUGCAAAGCACUCCAUCAAUGGAUUGUCACUUCAUGUGAAGACUAGCUUGGACUUCUAGAGGAGUUAACUUUUUUAAAGAAGAAAAGUUGUAUGCCCCCCCCCCCCCCUUUCCCUGUGUCUUGGUCAUGCAUCAGAAUAUUUUUGAGUUUCUUAUUUUUUACUCUCAACAACUAUGUGUGUCUCCCUCAUUUCCAAAUUUUAAAUAUUACAUUUACAAAAAAAUAUAUCCUCUAUUCAUUAUUGAUUAGAGAAAUAAUGAAUACAUUUGUUGUUAAUACUUCAUUUUUUAGAUUAGGAAAUAUUAUUCAGCCCUUGAGUCAUGAAUUUUCCACAUGGUUAUGAGAAAUUUGGACUGGAUAUCUUUUUCUCCUUGACUUCUAAUUGCUUGUUGUAUAUUUUAUAAUUUAUAUAACUAUUUUGUUCUGUAUAGUUAAGCAAAUCAUAAAGAUUUAUAAAUUUAUCUAGAUCUCCAUGUAUAGCCACUAGAUUACCCCUUGAUUUGUAAAUACUGCCAAUGUUUCUAAUCCAUGUACAUUAAGUUUACCAACAGCUGAAUGUGUUAGAAUUGGUAACUUGUAUCUGAUAUUGUCGAUGAUUGGAUGACAAAACUUUUUUUUUUAACUAAGACUUUGCAAUAUGUACAUAUUGCUAAAUAACAAGUAUUGACAUUGAUAUCUUUUGACACAUUUCAGUUGUAAAAGUCACAUUCUUGUUUGCCAUGUUUGUUUUAACUUUUUAUCUUAUUGUAACGUGAAGAGAAUUUCAAACAAUAAAUUGGUGACUUGC